AUGUUGCAUUUUGUGCUGUGUGAGGUAUUCUAUUUUGAUGAGCAUGGCAGAGCCACAGAAGACAGGUGAUGUGCUACCUGAAGAUGUUGGUACUGACGACUGCCUGACUUCUUACACACACAUCUACAGCCCUGACUUACUCAAAGAUCAAGUUGCAUUUAUUACUGGUGGCGGAUCGGGAAUUGGACUCAGGAUAGCUGAAAUCUUUAUGAGGCAUGGCUGUGACACAGCGAUCGCCAGCAGGAACAUUGAUAAGCUCAAAGAGGCUGCUCAGAAGCUAUCUGCUGUUUCGGGACGUCGCUGCCUCCCGCUGAGCUUGGACGUGAGGCGGCCUGAGACCAUUGCUACAGCCGUGGAUGAGACGAUCAAAGAAAUGGGCCGCAUAGACAUCCUCAUUAACAAUGCUGCUGGAAACUUCCUGUGUCCCGCCUCUGCUCUUUCCUUCAACGCCUUCAAGACAGUUAUGGAGAUAGACACGAUGGGAACGUUCAACACAAGCAAAGUUGUGUACGAGAAGUGGUUCAAGAAUCAUGGGGGCAACAUUGUCAACAUCUCUGCAACACUUGGAUACAAGGGCCAAGCGCUGCAGGUGCAUGCUGGAUCUGCCAAGGCGGCAAAUGAUGCCAUGACCAAGCACCUAGCUGUAGAGUGGGGACCCAGUGGAGUGAGAGUGAAUGCUGUCGCCCCAGGUCCUAUAUCUGGCACAGAGGGCUUCCGCAGGCUGGGUGGCCCCAGAGGGGAGUCUGCUGGUCUGUUCCAGUCCAUUCCUUUGCAGCGAGCAGGCAACAAGACAGAGAUGGCUCACUGCACUCUUUUCUUAGCCAGCCGGGCAUCGUCCUACGUGACCGGAGCCAUCCUGGUGGCGGACGGUGGAUCGUGGCUGACCUCAGCUAAUGACGUCUCCAAGCUGAUGGGUAUAGCCUCCUCUAAAUCUGCUAAACUCUGAGCAGGGGCUCUCCUGUCCUCCUCCUGACCCAGGUUAUUGGUCAUCUGAAAUUAGAGACAAGUAAAGAAAACUGUAUAAAAGUUAUUGUAGUGCUGCACGGGAUUGCAAUAAACCUGCCUCACAGCUUUAAGAAUAUCUUGAACAUGUCAUCAUGCAUUUCAUGUACAGUAGUGUCACAUUCCAUUUGUGAUUUUCCCCGAAGUCAGCUGGGAUAGGCUCCAGCAUGCCCCCGCGACCCUAAAGAAGAGAAGUGGUAUAGAAAAUGGAUGGAUGGAUGGAUAGUAAAACAUUUUAUGAUUAUA